GCUGUCUUUGAACCCGCGAGAUAACUAUCACUAACGGUUUUCCUCUGAACAUGACAUUUUACGGAAAUUUCCUUGACUUCGGUCGAAGGAUGUAAAGAGCUGAGUAGGGAAGUCAUUAUAGUCUUCAGAAAUGACGGAAAGAAAGUUUACCACGCUCAGAAAGCGUUUAGAUCAGCUUGGCUACAGGCAAGCUUUGGGGAUUGAAUCUGUUCCUUUGGUGGAGAAGUUGUUUAGCGAUCUUGUUCAUACGACAGAGAGCCUAAAAAAUGUUAAACUUCAACUGGGAAAGCAAGAGAAGGAAAGGACAGUUUACGAAGAUAAUGUGGAGCCAUAUAGAAGUGAUAAUGCAAAACUGGUCAAAGAAAACAAUGAGCUUCACCUGCAGCUCAUAAAAUUACGAGAAGAAACUGAUCAGGUUAUCAGAGAUCUGAAAACCAGCGUCCGAAAGUUAGAACAUGAAAAUGCGGACCUGAAAUUUUUAAAUACACAAUAUGUGCAUAAAGUUAAGGCUUUGGAAAAGGAAAACAAGUCGAAAACUGAAAGGAUACAGGACUUACAGGAGAAAAAUUUGCAUGCAGUUGUCGAAACUCCAGGUGGACGAAGGAAACAAAUACCACUCCGUCGACAACGUAUGGAUAUUGAAAGCAUGGUUUCUCCUGCUCGUGAUCUGAACGACAAGGCAGAUGAUGUACACGAUCCCUAUGUAGCAGACUUGUUAAACGUGGCUGACACAAGAAUAGAGGAUCUGCAAGUUCAAGUGUCGCAACUUCAGGACGAGAAAUCGAGCACUGAGAGACGGAACAAGAGUCUUCGGAAACAGGUGGAGUCUCGUGAUAAAGAAAUUGAGAGGUUGAACCAGCUGCUGGAUGGUGGGCGUCCUGUGGAUGCAGUCCUUAGAGAGAGUAAAAAAGACAGCAGUGAAAGAGUUGUGGCUCAUCUUAAUGUUCAGGUGGAUUAUCUGCAGCAGGCCAAUCAUGACUUAGAAAAGCAAUUAAAAGAUACAGUCGACCAGAAAGUUGAGGCAACCAGGCGAGCCAAUGAGCUUGAAGCAACAAAUGCUGAUCUUCUUCUGGAGCUUAAAGAUCUCAACAGACUUUCCAGACAAGUUGAGCACGAUAAAGAGAGAGAUGUCAUUGCCAUACAAUCAGAGUUGUCAGAUACAAAGGCUGUUCUUAACAAUCUUCAACAUCAAGAAGGGACCCAUAGAACAGAGAUGCAGGAGCUCAGAAAGGAACGUCAACGCCUGAUGGAAGAAAACGAGCGCCUGGCUGUGCUUAUGGAAAAUGCUGAACAAGAUGUGCAUCAUGUCACAGACUUACUGGAUAAAUCUGACAAGGAGAGGAAACGUCUGUCAGAGAGAAAUGCCCAGCUCACCAUUAAUGAGAGGGAGCUUGUCAUGGAUCUAGAGAGACUUAAGUUAACCAAGUCUGUGAAGCCUAAGAAAAGUCGAGACAAGUCUCCCUCCAAGAUAGAAUCGCUAGUGAAAACGUUAGAGAAGGAGAGAGAUUACUACAAAGGAGAAUGUGAAACACUUCAAGGAAUGAUGAGGAAACGACUCUCUGCUUCGCCUCCUUCAAACCGCAAAGGAAGCAAGAGUAAAGGAAAGACGAUUGGACAUCUAGAGAGCAUGACACAACUUUUGCAGGAGGAGAGAGACUUUUACAAACGAGAAUGUGAACUUCUUAGAAAUAUGAAGGAGAAGAGCGUAUUAAUGUCACCUCCGACAAGAGAAAGGGUAUCACGAGACAGCCCCAGUGAAGUGAACCGUUUGAGGAGAGAGAGAGAUGAACUCCAGUCAUUAGUAGAAAAAUUUGAGAAACAUCUUACAGAGAUUCAAGAGAAUGUGAAGACACUGACGCAAGACAGGGAUAAUAUUCAACUACUUUACGAGCAGGCCACGGACGAAAUCCAAAGACUGCGCCGUCAGGUGUCUCAAGCCCGGUCUCCUUCACCCUCUCGUGCAGCCUCGGCUGUUUUGUUACGAGUGGAGUCUGAGAGAGACGCGGCACUAGCUGAUCUUCGACGCACCAAUACUCAACUUGACAAUCUAGAGGACAAGCUUAAGGCCUCUCAGGAAAGCAGUCUACAAGAAAGACGACGAUAUGAAGAUAAAAUAGAGCGACUGGAAUCCAUGUUAGAAAAGGUGGAGGCAGAUAGGAACGAGAUGCACGCUCGAGUGACGUCACUAAGAAACAUGGUGGCCAACCUCGAGGACCAAUUGAAACAGACCUCGGCCCAGCUCUCCAUGGCAAAGGACUCGGCCCUAGAACUUGAAUCCGAGGUCAACAAGGUACAGCUAACCGCUGAUCAAGCUAAUCGCACAGCGGAAGACAGGGAAAGGAGAUUGAACAGGAAGGCAGGGGAGCUACAAGCAUCUGAAGAGAAAUGUGCUCAGUUGGAGCGUAGAUUAGAGGAAAUUGAGAAGAGAAAUGAAGAGCAGAGUUUUGAAACUGCCGAGAUAAAAGCCAGUCUGAAAUCAUUGGAUCGUGAGAGAGAUGACCUACAACAGCAAGUGGACGAGAAAACGGAAGAGAUCAUUCAAAUGGAGGCCAAGAAAAUACAGCUGGAGAAAGCUGAGAGCGAGUUAAAGAUGAACAUGGAAGAUGUCGAGGCCCAGUUGAGUCACGCUUUAGAACAGAGCGGCCUCAAAGAUAGAGAAAUAAAGAGUCUACGGCGGCAGUUAGAUUCCAGAGACGACGAAUUGGCUGAAAUGACAAGAGGGAGAGAAGUAGCUUUGAAAGAGAACAGGCGACUGCAGGCAGAUCUUAACACGAUGACUGAGGAACAUCAGUCCAUUCAUCAGCAACUUCAAGACGCUUUGGAAGAACAAGAGAGUUUAAAGGUACAAAUAGCUGAGUACGCCAGACAAGUGGCUCGAGUGGAAGAACUUCUGGCUCAAAAGGAACAAGAAAAAGAGGAGCUUCUAGGGCAGUACCGAGUUCUGUCUGGUGAAACGGAGAGACUUGUCUCGGAGUCUAAGGCUUCUGCCGGACAAGUAAAUAACUAUCACAUGGAACUAAUACAGAAAGAACGCUCAGAGAUGGAACUCAGCGAUAAAAUACGAAGGCUUGAAAGUGAAAUACAACAGUAUGGAGCUUCCCAUCAAGCCUAUGAGAUUGAAGUGUCCAGUCUCACCCGGUCACUGGCGCAGAUGGAGGAGCAGCUCAGACUGGCUAACGAAGAUAGGGAGAGUAUGAUGCAAGAUCUUUCAGCAGUCAGGGAACUUUGCAUGAAACUGGACCAGACACGCGAAUCUCUCUCCAGGCAACUGGCUGCAAAAUCUUUAGAUCAUGAUCAGAUGCGGGAAUUACUCGAAGACGCCAAGAUGGAGACAGACGCACUACGGAAAAAGGUGUUUUCGGAGAAAGAGGCUGUUAGAAGUUUAGAAGGAGUGUUAGCGAAGCAAAGAGAAAAGGAGUUUGUGGGAAAGAAGUCUUUAGAAACAACUUUGGAAGAAGUGGAUAGAUUGAAGGACAAACUGGCAAAAACAGACGAAGAUAGAUCAUAUCAACGUCAAGAGGUCAACACUUUACGAAAAGCUUCUGAGAGACUUGAAGACGAAGUGGCCAAGUUGAAAAAGAAACUAGCCAACGAGAAAUUUGAAAGGGAAAGGUUACUACAAGAAACGAGCCGAAAAGAACGAGAUAUUACCGGGUCAGCGUCCAGAGAGUCACUGACAGGCCGUUACUCUCGCAACACGGAGCAAAGGUUGCAUACAUCGUUCAGCAGUGGAGAAUUUGCGAGACUAAAGCCCAAGGACAUGUCUUCACCGCUAGCCUCUGAUCACAGUGAUACAGGCAGACGGCUGAUAUCACCCAUUCGUAGGCGAAGCGUUGACGAUGACUUCUCAGAUGCAAGCUAGCAUGAGUCAAAUAAAUUUCAGACAGUCCAAGGAGGGAACCAAUCCGUUCCUAAGGCAGAAAAAAUUGGAAGUACACAAAAAUUCCUCAUACAUAUUUCACAUUGGAUCUACUUUUAUAUACCUUUGUAACUAUCCGUCAACUAAUGGAUCAACUUAUUUGUUUGAUGCUUAUAUACUCUUUAAGUAUGUUAUUGAGUUUUAUAGUGUAUAUAAGAUUUUAUCAAUGGUAUAACCAUACGUAUCAGAAAUUCACGUCAAGAGUAUUGAGGACAAUUCCAUUCGAAUAUUAUUUCCAAUGAAAGGCGGCCGACUCAAACGAACUUACCGCAGUCUCGACAGACUUAAAAGAAAACUUUGUGAUCGCUUCUCAUGUUGGUUUAUCGUGUUUUGCUCUGAUCGCAAAAAUUUAGGAUUAUUAUUUGCAAUUUGUUUUUGUAAGUAUAUGGAAAUUUACUAUAGAAAAAUUAGUCCGAAAGUUUAAUUGUUACCUCACUUUCGCAGCCUACCAGUUUCGACAAUAGAGCGUCAGGUCAUGGUUGCGCAUGACCUUUUGAUAUCCGCAGUACAGUGGGCUCUGGAGUCGAGAAUGCACAUGAUUAUCGUCCAAACGGCGCAUGCUCUACCGUCAUUAUCUUUCUCAGUCGUCCCGAAAUUGCGAGCAGCUAACGAGGACCGCGUUGAUAGGCGAGUUAUGAUUGGUUGAGAAAAGGCUUCCCAUCAACACUUUCUCCAUUAGCAUUUUUCUUGCCGGACACGUUUUGAAUGCGAAUGGAGGAGAGUCAAUAUUGAUAAUUCGAAAUAGCUUGUUUGUUUCUCCAACUCGAAGCUCCAACAAGCGGUUUAAAUAUAACUACCAAACAAUGUCCAGCCUUUCUUACCAAAAUGCAAGUCCAUAGUUGUCAAAUGCAUUCGAUUACAACCCACCGUAAGAAAAUUGUUAGACUGAUAUGAUGAAUAUUUGUAAUUGAAUUCAGUGUUUUCAAGAGUGUUAGAGAAUUAUUUGUACAUUUUAUAACGCUAAGAGAAAUAAAGUUAUUUUAAGAA